AUGGGGGCGGGACCUCGGGGUUUUCGAGGGUUCGUCGGGCUUUCCUCGAUGCGGCAGAGGGGGUCCGGUUUGGGGAGAAAGGGGUCCGGCAACCCGCAACGCCCCCAAAGAAGAAAAAAAAAGACCCCAGCCCCAACAGAACGAGGCACCGGGUUAAAGAAAUAUGUCUUCAAGUGUUUUUGUCGUCAGUCUGACAGGAAACUAAAAAUGUCAUCAUUGCAAAAGCAUGAAUCUAACCUAUAUCUCUACUGUAUCUCGCACAACCGGACAGGGGCAACUCGCGUGGCACCGAACGUUUGCCACCGGCCCAAGGGAUGUUGCGCUGCAUAUAUGCCGCGUGCGCGGAACCGGACUCUCGGGGUGUUGAUGCUCCCGUAA